UUCAAGUUAAGCAUGUCUGUGCAGUUUGUUUGGAUGGUAGUCCACCGGCCUACCACUUCGAUAAGGGAUCCGGCGAAGGUGUUAACAGCUGGAUUGUUUUUCUUGAGGGAGGAGGAUGGUGCAAUGAUGUAUCUACUUGCCUUCAACGCAAGGACACUCGCUUAGGUUCAUCCAAACAAAUGGAUACGCAGUCUGGCUUUUAUGGAAUACUUAACAACCAACAAGUUUAUAAUCCAGGUUGGUAUAUCCAGAGUUACACUACACAUGUUUCAUAUUCAUAUUGUGUUAUGUUAUGUUAUGCAUUUGUUUCCAGAUUUCUACAACUGGAACAGAAUCAAGAUUAGGUACUGUGAUGGAUCAUCAUUUACUGGUGAUGUGGAAGAAGUUGAUCCAACAAACAAUCUGCACUUCAGAGGAGCAAGAAUUUUUGAAGCAGUCAUUAAGCAUUUACUUGCAAAAGGAAUGGAGAAUGCUAAAAAUGCUAUUCUCUCUGGAUGCUCUGCUGGAGGAUUGGCUGCUAUAUUGAACUGUGAUCGCUUCAAAUCCUUCCUACCAAAUGGCGCCAGAGUGAAAUGCGUGCCGGAUGCCGGCUAUUUUAUCAAUGUACCAGAUGUCUCCGGAACAAAGCACAUUGAAAAUUUCUACAAAGGAGUUGUUGAAACUCAUGGAUCAGCAAAGUAUUUGUCUAAAUCCUGCACUUCAAAAUAUGGAGCUGGCCUGUGCUUUUUCCCACAAUAUGUGGUACAAGAUAUCGCUGCACCGAUUUUUGUUGUAAAUGCGGCCUAUGAUUCAUGGCAGAUUAGAAACAUUUUGGUACCGGGGAUGGCGGAUCCACACGGAAGCUGGAAAAACUGCAAAGAGAACUUAAGCAAUUGCACACGUGAUGAACUAGAUGCUGUGCAAGGUGAAAAAGAAUAGAAUCAAUGAAUGUGUGUAUGUUAAUAUGAGUAACGUGUUUGAUUUGUUCAGGGUUUAGAGAGGAUUUCAUAAAGGCAUUGAGUGGGGUGCAGAACUCUCCAUCAAAAGGAAUGUUCAUAGAUUCUUGCUACAUCCACUGCCAAACGGGAAUGCAAGAGCUUUGGUUCAAUCCUGAUGCACCUCAGCUUGCAAAUACUGUAUGUAUUUCUAACACGCACUCGCUCUUUCUUUCUGCUUUGCUUAUAUUAUUACUAAUUUGCAGACUAUUGCUAAGGCCGUUGGUGACUGGUUUUAUGAACGAAAGCCUUUCCAACACAUUGAUUGUGCCUUCCCAUGCAACCCUACUUGUGGUAAACCUGUCUUAAAUGUCAAAGCCCACCCUGAAAUCUAGAUGAUCUUCCA